AUGGAGAAGCAAAUAAGGAACUACAUCAGAGAAUGUGACAUCUGCCAACGCUAUAAAUACGACAACAGUGUUUCACCUGGUCUUCUCCAACCCCUACCUAUACCUGAAGAAGCUUGGUCUCAAAUAAGCUUGGACUUUAUUGAAGAUAACGUUUUCAAGCUCCAUGGCUUACCUAACAUUCUGAUCAGUGAUCGAGACAAGGUGUUUAUGAGCAAAUUUUGGUCUGAUUUCUUCAAGCUACAAGGGGUAGAGUUACACAUGUCAACUGCUUAUCAUCCUCAAUCAGAUGGACAAACUGAAGUAGUUAAUCGAUGUCUUGAUACUUACCUUCGUUGCAUGUGUGGUGAUCAACCAUAUGAUUGCAGCAAAUGGCUCAGUUUAGCGGAGUUUUGGUACAAUACUUCAUUCCAUUCGGCUAUUGAAACUACUCCUUUUGAAGCUUUAUACGGGUAUCCUCCACCCAUACAUAUUCCUUAUUUUAGAGGAGACUCUACUGUCCAUGAUGUGAACGAAAGCUUGAUGGCUAGAGAAGCGAUGUUGGAAGUUCUUAAGCAUCAUCUAGGUCGUGCUCAGAAACGUAUGAAGCAGCAACAUGAUAAACAUCGUUCUGAUCGCACCUUCGCUUUGGGUGAUUGGGUUUACCUGAAACUUCAACCAUAUCGCCAGAAUACAUUACGCGAUCGACAAUUCCAUAAGCUAAGUCCUAGAUACUUCGGCCCUUUCAAGAUUAUUGACAAAUAUGGCAAAGUAGCGUACAAACUUUCCUUGCCGACUGAUUCGAAGAUACACCUUGUUUAUCAUAGGGUCAUUAUUGGUAAUUUACUAGUCGCCGCCGGAGUAAUCGGGGGAAUCCUAUCCGCCUUAGUGUUCUCCCUACUUUUCAAACUCCUGUUAGUGCUAAUCCACGGCAGAAACAGAGACACCGGAAUCAAAAUCUUCAGCCCAUUGAUCAAGAAGCCAGAAGACCUCUCCUUCUUAGAGAAGGAAGACGGCCUCUCCUCGCUCAACGUCAUCGGAAAAGGCGGUUGCGGCGAAGUCUACAAAGCCGUUCUCCCCGGCAGCGACGGAAAGGAAAUUGCGAUCAAGAAGAUAAUCCAAUCGCCCACGGACCAGGAGGAGCUGACGGAGGAAGACAGCAAGCUGCUCAACAAGAAAAUGAGGCAAAUCCGGUCGGAAAUCAAGACCGUCGGAGAAAUCCGCCACCGCAAUUUACUGCCGCUUUUGGCGCAUCUGCCGCGCCCGGAUUGUCACUACCUGGUUUAUGAGUACAUGAAGAACGGAAGCGUGCACGAUUAUCUGGUCGGGGUGGCCAGAGGGGAGAAGGAGCUCGACUGGCCGGCGAGGUACAAGAUCAUCAUGGGGAUCGCCGCCGGCCUCGAGUAUCUUCACAUGAACCACACGCCGCGGAUCAUCCACAGGGACUUGAAGCCGGCGAACGUGCUGCUAGACGACGAGAUGGAGGCGCGGAUAGCUGAUUUCGGGUUGGCAAAGUCAGUGCCGGACGCGAACACGCACAUGUCGACGUCGAACAUAGCAGGGACAGCGGGGUACAUAGCGCCGGAGUAUCACCAGACGUUCAAGUUCACGGAAAAAUGCGACAUGUACAGUUUUGGAGUGGUGUUGGCGGCGGUGGUGAUGGGGAAGAUGCCGUCGGACGAAUUCUUCCAGAACACGGAGGAGGUGAGCUUGGUGAAGUGGAUGAGGAACGUGAUGACCUCGGAUGAUCCGAAGCGUGCGAUCGACCCGAAGCUGAUGGGGAGUGGGUACGAGGAGCAGAUGCUGUUGGCUUUGAAGGUGGCUUGUUUCUGCACAUUGGAUAAUCCUAAAGAGAGGCCUGAUAGUAAAAAUGCCAGGACUAUGUUGUCUCAGAUUAAGCAUUGACUCAAUUAGGUCUGUUUUAUGGUGUACUACUUUUAUGGCCUAAUAGUAAAGAUGCCAAAAAUGUAUGUGUGUGUGUGUGUCCUAGUUGUAGUUGAACUUAAUUGUGAUGAUAAACUUGUACUACUUCCAUAUGGAGUAUAUAUUUAUUAAUUAAAGUUUGUGCUAUGUUUA